AUGGAAUGUUUUCUGUCAAAUCGGCAUAUUGGCUUGCUACUCAUUUACCGGACUCACAAGAUUCUUGCCAAGUUCUUCUCUACUGGUCGCACUGCUAAGCUGAGAAGCGAGAUAUCUGGUUUCACUCAAAGGAACAAUGAGACAUUUGCUGAAGCUUGGGAGAGAUUCAAGGGUUACACCAGUCAAUGCCCUCAUCAUGGCUUCAGCAAUGAGUCUUUGCUUUCCACACUUUACAGAGGAGUUUUGCCAAGAUACAAAGAGAUGUUGGACACAGCCAGUAAUGGAAACUUCCUCAAUCAAGAUGUAGAUGAUGGCUGGCAGCUUGUGGAGAACAUUGCUAACUCAAGUGGGAGCUAUGGAGAGGAGUAUGAUCGCACAAACAGGAGCUCGACCUCCAACUCGAUCGAGUCUGAUAGUAAGCUGAGAAACGAUGUCAAGGCACUCAAUGAGAAGUUGGAUACGCUUAUCUUAGUUCAAUCCACAAUGAAGAAGGCCAACUUUGUUUCUAAAGAAGAGAUGGUUCAAGGCCAAGAAGAGGAGGAGAAUCAGUUUGCUGAAGUGUGCUACAUUAAGAAUGGACAAGGAGGUUAUCAAAACGGUUACUAUGGCUACAAGUCACACCCUACCAUGUCCUACAGUAACACUGAUGUUGCCAAUCCUCAAGAUCAAGUCUACCCUCCGCAGCAACAAGCUCCAGCGAGUCAGCCUCCACAGCAAGGAUAUGGUCAGAAAGGGAAUUUCCAGGGCCAUCAGGGAAAUUAUCAAGGACAACAGCAGAGUGUACCAACUGGGUAUGCACCUCAAGCGCCUCAGGCUUCACCAAGUCAGGAACAAGAAAUAAAAGCCAUGUUGAAGCAGCUCUUACAAGGUCAAGCAGAUGGUGCUAUGGAGAUAAGCAAGAAGUUGGCUGAGAUGAACUCUAAGAUUGAAUCCUUGAACACUAGAGUUCACUCUUUGGAACACCAUGCUUCUUCUUCUGCUGCUAAGCAAGGUCAAUUUCCUGGAAAGGCUGUUCAGAAUCCAAAGGAGCAUUGUAGAGCGAUCUUCACUCAAGAGGAAGGAUUUGAUCAACAAGCUGCUAAUGAGAAGGAUAUUGAGGAGAUCUGUAUGCUGCUUAAUAAUGAAGACAAUGUUGAUAACAAGGACGAAGGUGAUCUCUUAUCCACACCAACCUCACUACCCAAGCUGAAUGGUCAGGGAAGCUUCACUCUGCCUUGUACACUUGGUCACCUACAACUUGAGGAUGCACUUGUUGAUUCUGGAGCAAGUAUCAAUCUGAUCUCUCUUGUUCUAAUACAGAAAUUGGGUAUACAGAGUCUGAUCCAGCGACCUAAGUCUUCUAUCAUGUUUGGGGAUGCUUCUUCUAAAGCCCCACUUGGUAUUGUCAUGGAUUUCCCUUUGAGAAUUGGAGAGUGCACAAUCCCAAUUGAUCUAACAGUUCUGGAUAUGGUUGACGAGAAGGAUGUGCCAUUGAUCUUAGGGACACCUUUCCUCACCACUGUUGGUGCCUCCAUUGAUUUCCAUACAAAGAAAGUGAUCCUGCACAAUGUCAACAGCAAAGUCUCUUACCCUCUCAAGGCAUCAAGCUCUAAAUAUUGUGGAACCAUUGCCACUAAGUCACUGAGCAUCAAGGGUGAUGAGUUUGCUGAGGUUGAAAAGAUGGAGAUUAUGACUGAGAGCAGCACAGAGCCAGUUAUUUGUGAACCUUGUGUUCUGGAUGAGAUGGGUCUUGCAGUUUUGUUUAGUGAGCAGCUAGGAAGUGCUCAAAAAGAUGGGGAGGGUAUGGCUUUGAAGGCGUCUCCUGGACAUAAAAAAAAGAUGAUCACGCCUCAGACUCUCUCAAGCGCUCCAUCCCAGCUUACCCUGACUCUGUUGCCAUCCAAGUUCACAAAUGGGAAGAUUGAGUACAAGAUCAAGUGCAAGAGAAAGUCUAAACCGUUUUCCAGUAUCAAUGCCUUGGUCAGUCCUGAGCUGCAAAAAGAUCAAACCAAGCUCAAGGAGCUCCUAUCUUCAGUCCUUACUGUCACAUUUGAUGGCGGGACCGCUCUCAUUCAUGCCUAA